AUGGCACACCGGGUCCUCCUGAGGCAUGCCCGGCUCGCGCCUUCCUCUGGCCUCGGCCGUACCUGCCACAUUGCCAGGCCAUUCAGCACAGUCAUCGAUGCCCCCAUCUCCGCUUCUGCUCAACAAGCCCCACCGGCAGCACCCUCCAAGGCCGGCAGCGUCUUCAGAGAUGCUGUCAAUGCUACAGGCCCGAGAACGAACUGGACCAAGGAGCAGAUUGCCGAGGUCUACAACACCUCGCUGAUCGAGCUCACAUAUGGCGCCUCUACGCUCCACCGCCGCUUCCAUGACCCCGCUGCGAUCCAGAUGUGCACCCUUAUGAACAUCAAGACGGGUGGCUGCAGUGAAGACUGCAGCUACUGCGCACAGUCGUCCCGCUACAACACUGGCCUCAAGGCUUCCAAAAUGGUCAACGUUGAGUCGGUGCUCGAGGCUGCUCGCGUGGCCAAAGAGAAUGGCAGUUCUCGAUUCUGCAUGGGCGCGGCUUGGAGAGACAUGCGUGGAAGAAAGACAAACCUGAAGAACAUCAAGGAGAUGGUCAAGGGCGUCAGAGCGCUCGGGAUGGAAGCCUGCGUGACCCUCGGCAUGAUUGACGCUGAGCAGGCGAAGGAGCUCAAGAAUGCGGGCCUUGUAGCGUAUAACCAUAACGUUGACACUUCGCGAGAAUAUUACCCCAGUGUCAUCACGACGCGGUCGUAUGACGAGCGGCUCGCGACUAUCAACAAUGUCCGGAACGCAGGUAUACACGUAUGCACGGGAGGUAUUCUGGGUCUGGGUGAGAAGGCCAAGGAUCAUGUUGGACUCAUCUACACGGUUGCUACACUUCCGGCUCAUCCUGAGUCGUUCCCAGUGAACGCGCUCGUCCCUAUCAAGGGUACGCCAUUAGGCGAGAGGAUAUCGAAAGGCGAGAGCAAGUCGAUCGAAUUUGAUGCCAUCCUGCGUACUAUCGCUACGGCACGUCUUGUUCUCCCGACUACCAUUAUUCGUCUGGCGGCAGGUCGACACAUGAUGCGUGAGGAGAAGCAGAUGAUGUGCUUCAUGGCUGGUGCCAACGCUGUCUUCACCGGUGAAAAGAUGUUGACAACAGCCUGCAAUGGCUGGGAAGAAGAUAAAGCCAUGUUUGAGAGGUGGGGUCUGAGGCCGAUGGAGGCACAAGAGACUAUGGUUGGCAAGGAAGAACUCGCCGAAAAGGUUGAGGUUGCCCCUGUUGUUGCGGGGUUGCAGAGCUCAAGCACACAAGCUGCCACAGCAUGA